AACCGGUGCAGUUGACGGCUAUGACAGCAAUCGGUUAACUUUUCAAAUGUCAUACACUACACGAUACUACACACGUUUUGUUCAGUUCAAAUCGAAAAUUGAGAACCGACGGUUUAACCACAGAGCUGCAUUCUUGUUAGUUUUAAUUGAAAUUUGUGUGCACAUUGCGGUAUAUUUUAAAAAAAUUGAAGCAAAAAAAAACACAUAGACACAUAGACAUGUCGACAAAUAAAGAAAAAAGAUUUGAUCGUAAGGAUGCCGAAAAAAUUCUGGGCGCAACACACAAAGAUGGUGAAUUGGUGUUCCUUAUAAAAUGGAAAAAAUCUGAGAAAGCUGAUUUGGUACCAUCGAAAUUGGCCCGUGUAAAAUGGCCGCAAGUUGUCAUCGAUUUCUAUGAAGAACGACUACACUUUGGACCUCCAGACGCCAAAGGCAAUGCCAAAGGCGAUGACAAACGCGCUAACGAUAUGGAUGUUGAUGACAAUUCUGAAAGUGGUGAAGCUGGUGAAGCUGAUGACGCCAAUGAUGAUUCUGAUUGAUGACAAUGCCUGAAAACGCAUAAAUAAAACAUCGUCGUCCCAUCGUUAAAUUUUUUUUCAUACUCAAAAAAGCAAAAUUUGCUUAAAAAUUACUAAAACAAUUUCCAAAUAAUAUUUCAUAAAACGUUUUCCAUCGCAUAUUUAAUAUCGUUAAAUGUUAAUUUAAGUUGAAAAUUUGAGAAUUUAGGACUUGAAGUUCCUUUUUCCUGUAUCAUGUACAAAUUUAGAAGGGAAAGUAAGAUUAGAUUGGAAAUAUUGCAGUUUCCAGUAGAAUGUGCUGUGAGGGAAUUGCAUAAAAUAAAGGUGUUUUGAAUAAUGAA